AUGAAUAAAUUUACUUUCGAAAUAGUAGAACAAGAUGUAUCACAAACAUUAAGCGUGUCUCCGAAUUUCUUGCCUGCCAUCAUUCACGGGCCGAUAAUGAAUAACCAGGGGACGCUGCCUAUAUGUGUUGGUGGCCUGGGUUUCGGUUCCGCGGCUAAGCUGGCACCUUCUGCCUUUUUGGCUUCUGCUGCUGCCACGGUGGCCCUCCAGAAUCUGAUGUUGCCAAGGGAUGGGAUUUAUGUCGAUAACUUCAGAAUGCAAGUAUACGACAUGUGGCGCACCACCAACGGAGAUGUGGUUGCGCUCGAAAACCCCUCGCAAAAACACUGGAUCGCUCCCUGUCUUAAUAGAUCAGUUGAUCGAUGGCUGCAACUGAAUGGCUCCACUUUUGACAAGACUAGAAUUAUGGCUGUCAAAAAACCCAUGGGUUUGAUAGAGAAAGGAGCCUUUAGGCCUGAUGGUUACACUAUCACCCCAUGGGCUCAGGGACGGUCCCUGGCUUGGGACGUUACCUUACCCCACACUAUGGCUGACCGAUAUAUCGGCUACAUUUCAGUGGAGGCGGGCACUGCUGCCCUUAAAGCGUCCGAUUUCAAAAAUGAAAAAUACAUACGUUUCAUUAAACAAUUUAAGCAAAAUAUUUCAACCCAUUUGCAUUGA